GUAUCUUAUACCUAACCUACCAAAUCCCCGAGUUUCUCCACGGUAAACAACUAAACGUGCGGGUGGACGCCAUCGUAGAGAAUUAUCAGAGAUUGUUGAUUGCUCAAUGAUCCACAAACUCCCAGUUUCAUCACUUGAUGCACCAGUCAUUGGCUACAUUGAAUAUUAAUGUGCAGUGAAAUUGAAAAUGUUGAUUGCAUCUAAAAAGCUUAUCGGAUUUAUUUGUCCUUUCUAUUACUCGUUUCCCCAAUUUCUUUCCAUUCACUCGAUCUCUCCAUCUCAGACACUUGAAGAUUCCAUUAGAGCUGCUGUUGAAGCUAAAACCUACCAACAAAUUCCUGAUCUACUCGGUGCCUCAAAAGAAUCUUUCCAAAAUCCAAAUCCAUUCUCAUUUCUCUCCACCUUCUCCCAAAACAUUAGAAUCCAAAUCAUUGAUGAAAUUUUACAAUCUUUCAUGUCUCUCAGACCUCGUUCUCGCCCCAAGGUUGCCUAUUCCUGCCUCAUCUCCUACACCCUCCAAAGCCCUAAUCCCCUUCCUCUUGCGCUCGCCAUUCUCCAACGCACUCUUCGCUCUGGCUGUCUCCCUGUCCCCCAAACUCACCUUCUUCUUUCAACUGCAUGGCUAGACCGCCGGCAUCAAUCUGAGUCUGUAAGGACCAUUCUGUUGGAGAUGCAAUCAAUUGGAUAUCACCCCGACUGUGGCACUUGCAAUUACCUUAUUUCAUCGCUAUGUGCUGUUGACCAGUUAACAGAGGCAGUUAAAGUGUUGAAGGGCAUGGGUAGGGCUGGAUGUGUUCCUGACUUGGAAAGUUAUGGAGCUGUAAUUGGUGCAAUGUGUGCUAUUAGAAAGACUACUGAUGCAGCAGAGAUGAUGAAAGAAAUGGUGAUGAAAGCUGGACUGACGCCAAGGCAGGAAAUAGUGGUGAAGGUAGUUGCAGCAAUGCGUGCAAAGAAAGAGAUUUGGAGAGCCGUUGAGAUGAUUGAAUUCUUGGAGAAGGAAGGUUUCCAUGUGGGGUUCAAAAGCUAUGAAUUGGUUGUUGAGGGGUGCCUAGAGUGUGGUGAGUGUGUUUUGGCGGGAAAGGUAGUGAUGGGGAUGACAGGGAAAGGUUUUAUACCAUAUAUUAAGGUGAGGCAGAAGGUGCUUGAGGAGUUGGCUUGUGUUGGGGAGUGGAAACUAGCUUGUGCUUUGAGACACAGAUUUUCAGAACUGAAAUCUUAGCUUCUUUAGUUUUUAUUUGGAGUUGCAACGAAUUUGGGGUCAAUGCUCUACAGCCAACUGGUCGAUAGCUAUCUCUUCUUCAUACACCAGCCAAGAGCGAGUUGGUUGUCUAAAUCCAUUGUGGAGUGCUGACAAGUUCCCCAAAUGUGUAUGUAAAUUGUGUCAAAUUUUUAAGAAAUAAUCAUGUCAGAUUUGGUCAAGAGUGACUCAACAUCUUUUUGUUCAUCGUCAUCAUCAAAUGGUGAUGCAGUUUUGGCUCACGUCUUCCCUUCCAGCACCUGGUGUAGGUAGGACAGACAGACACUGGGUUAUGUACUUUAUAUGACUCACAUGCAUUACGCCUGGCAAUAUAUUGAGCUACCACAAUCUGCAAACUCAACGGUACAGAUUAUGGAAUCCAGGCUGGUUUAAAAUUUGAGUCAGCAACAUCUAGUUUGUGCUGUUGCCCCGACCAGAAUUGAGCAAGACCCCUAACUAGUUGCAGAAUUUUAAGGAUUUACUAUUUUCUUCCAUGUUCUCAGCACCAGCACAAAGAGUGUUUUAAUGUGUAAAGAUUUAAUAUUUGAAUGAAAAUAUCCUCAUCCAUAUAUCUAAUGGAAUUUCAGGUAUCUUAA